AUGCGAUUUACUUUCCUCACAUCAGAUAAACUGGACAGUUCGUUUUCGCGGUCUCGCUCCAGCAGCAUGUCCAGCCUCGAAAACAUCUCGCAAGAAGGCAUACAGUGUCUAGCUUUUGCCGACAGUUACAUCAAAAAGUCAGAUCCUACUUUGUCAGUUCCGACGCUGUGGAUAGGAACGACACUGGGAUCGGUGAUUACCAUGACGAUUAAUCUACCCGAGGCUGAUCUGAGGCAUACACAGCCCGUCAUCGUAUCGACAAGUGGUGGUCCAAUUUUUAGGCUAAAAGGGUCAAUAUUAACAAUGUCUUUUCUCGACUGUAAUGGUGCUUUAAUCCCAUAUUCAUACGAAAGCUGGAAGGACGAUAAUAAAGAUAGUCGUGAACGUCGUGAGAGGACCCCGACGAAGCAGAGCUCGUCCGGCAGCGGGCACGGCAGCCAUACCAGCCCGAUUCCGCAGGAGGCAGCUGACCGACAGUUUGUGGUGGUGGCGUCAGAAAAGCAAGCGCGUGUGGUGGCGUUGCCCAGCCAGAACUGUGUCUAUCGCCAACAGAUCGUCGAAUCCGACUUUGUUGUCAAGGCAGAGAUUGUCAGCUUAAAAGAUAGCGUGUGCCUUGUAUGCUAUCUAUCGACGGGUCACCUUGUAGCCUACAGUCUGCCUUCGUUGAGGCCGCUCCUACACGUUGACUUUUUGCCGCUUUCAGAACUCAGCUUCCAGACACAGUCCAAACAGAGGGGUAUCGUAGACCCUAUGCUCUCCAUUUGGGGCCAACAACUCAUUGUAAACGAGGACACGGACCAGAUAGCGAAGACGUUCUGCUUUAGCAACCGCGGGCAUGGACUCUACCUGGCUUCGCCCACUGAAAUACAGAAGUUUACUAUUGACACGGAGUUUUGCCAACAAUUAACCGAAAUGAUGGGAGAGUUAUUCCUGCCGCGCGACAUGCCGGAACCUCCUAAAGAGAGCUUCUUCCGAGGACUUUUUGGUGGUGGAAUUCGGCCACUCGACCGAGAGGAGUUGUUCGGCGAGAGCAGCGGCAAGCCCAACCGCACCGUGGCUAAGCACAUCCCCGGCUGCGAGGGUGUGGCGGCUCGGGCAUCGGCAGCGACAGGGGAGAUAGCGCGGGCGCAUCAGCUCGUGGUGGAGCGAGGUGACAAGUUGUCUCAGCUGGAGGACAAGGCCGAGCGCAUGAACACGGAGGCCGCGGCCUUCUCGUCGUCGGCGCACCAGCUCAUGCUCAAGUACAAGGAUAAGAAGUGGUACCAGCUGUGA